AUGGCUCGUCGCUCGUCAAUCGCAUAUGCUUCGCUCCCUAGCAGUGAAUUUGGCGACGAGAGCCCGCCGUUCACCCCGCCAAAGAGACGCCUCAUCUGCAUCAACUGGAAGUUGGUCGCAAUCACCAGCUUCUUGAUGAACAUCGCCACGCUUUCUAUUAUCCUCGCCCGCCUAUCACCUCGCUGGUUCAACAGCCCAGAGUGCCAUUUGGACUCAGAAAUUCUCUGGGGCCGUCGCGUUUCAUGGAGGAAAAUGAUCAUAGAAAACCAGCAAGAAUUCAUCGAUAGCGAUCCGUGGGAUAGUAAGUUUGGGGCAGACGGGACGAUUUCCGUUGGCAAGGGACCCAACCCUUGGGACAGCAUAUGGUUCACGAACUGGGUGGCGCUAGAAAACGACCCGGCCGCAAAGGGUUACGGCUUUGGAACGCCUUUGACUGGGCCCGGUUCCGAAGGAAACGCGCUAGAUCCCAUCCCGUGGAACGAAGGGUCUCAAGCCUUUGGUCUCGGCGUCAUGCACCAGCUCCACUGCGUCGCAAGCAUAAAGAAAGCCAUCAACGACUACAGGUACACAGGAGGGACUCGGGGUUCGAAUGCUACAAAGACGGCCGGCCAUGUUGAUCACUGCUUGGAGGUUCUGCGCCAGGCAACCAUAUGCCAUGGAGACAUGGCGUUGAUAAGACCCGAUGUCCAGGGAAAGACAUAUACUGGAUACUCCGGCUGGGGGAAUGAACACGUUUGCCGAGACUGGGAGGCAAUCAAGGAUAUUUUGAAGAAUCAUGGUAUUCACUACGUCGUGGGCAAUGGGACAAAAGGCUGGACGCACUACGAACACACAACCACCGAGGUGGUGCCCGAGACUUGA